AUGUCGGAAGACACUUCCGGACACACGAUGGAUGGUGGUAACAGCAAGAUGAUACGUCGACUAGUGUCCACUCGUUUGGAAGAUAUUCGAGAUGGUUUUGAAGAAGAGCUUCAAGAAACGAAACCGAUGAAAAAACCAGUUCAAAAUAGUGAAAAGCUGACUGACAGUGAGGAUGAAUACGAAGUUCCCGCUAAAAUACCAAAGCAAACUUAUGAAAACAGAGGAGCAGCACUGUUAGCUAAAAUGGGAUAUGAUGGUGGUGGGCUUGGUAAGAGCGGCCAAGGACGCACAGAACUGAUACCAUUCUCCACGCAACGAGGUCGCGAAGGUUUCGGACAGCCUGCGAAUCAGAAAAUUGCUCGAGAUUGGAAUGUAGUUUGGGAUUUUGCGGAAGAAGAAAAACCUGUGGAAGAAAAUGUAUUGUGGUUAUCUGCUCCUAAUGAUAUUCGAGAGAAGUUCACAAAAGAUUUGCAAGAUCAAGACGACUGGAUUAUUAUUGGAAACCGAAAAGAGACACUGGAUGGCGAAUACAAAUAUUGUGACAGCAAUUUGAUGAAAAAAAUGUUGGAUGCAAAAUCUGUUUUUGAUGAACUUGAUAUUAGAGACUUAAAAGAGGCCCGUAUUCGAGCAAACCCAUAUGAGACAAUUGGUUCUGCUUUCUUCCAGAAUCGGGCAGCGAUGAAAAUGGCAAAUUUAGAUCGUAUUUAUGACUGGUUAUUAACGGGUGAAAAACCAGAUAAUGUUGAAAUCAAAAAUCCUAUGAAUGUGGAAAUAAAAAAUGAGAAAUGUCGAAUAGCAACUCCAGGAAAGAAUGCUGGUCGAUUAUCGCCUUUGUUUUAUUUUGCUGACAUAUGCGCUGGUCCUGGUGGAUUCACAGAAUAUGUGUUAUGGAGAAAGGGUUACUAUAACGCAAGAGGAAAAGAUGAUUUCAAAUUGAAACGUUUCACAGCCGCUUCACCUUCCUAUUUCGAGCCUUAUUAUGGUAAACACAACGAUGGUGAUAUCACCAAGCCAGACAAUAUCACCUCUUUUGAAGAUAUUGUGAAACGCGGUACCAAUAAUGUUGGUGUGGAUUUAGUUAUGGCUGACGGUGGCUUUUGUGAAAUUUUAUCAAAACGUCUUUAUUUAUGUCAAUUUUUGACUGGCCUCUCAGUUCUGCGUGUGAAAAACCAUGAUACAGGAAGUGGUGGGAAAUUUGUUUGUAAAUUAUUCGACAUUUUCACACCAUUUAGUAUCGGCCUUAUCUAUUUGAUGUAUAUUGUAUUUGAAAGAAUAUCAAUACACAAACCUAACACUAGUCGUCCAGCUAAUUCGGAAAGAUAUAUUGUUUGUGAUAAUCCUUUGGCAUGUUACAUCUCAGAAGUGAAAAAAUACAUGACUAAAAUUAAUAUUGAAUUGGAUCGGUUCUGGGAAACUAAAGUACGAGAUGUAAUAGAAGUUGUUCCUGAAAAUAUGAUCUAUUCGGAUAAAAUUUUUAUGGCAUAUAUAUUGGAACAUAAUGAAAGGACGAUAAAAAGACAAAUAAGUUACCUGAAUAAAUAUCGAAUUUUUGCUCAGAAUACUGGUCAGCUUGAUCGAGAUCAAGAGAAACUAAGAAGGGAAUGCUUGCAGUACUGGAAAAUCCCGGAUGUUACCAAAAAAAAACCCUACGAAACAAAUGAAUCAUUAUUUGCAGCUAUCAGUCGUCUUGUCAAGAUUAUCGAUUUUAAAGAAUUACAACAGAAACCACCGGCUUUCACAAAGAAUGUUUUGUUAUCUGGAGCAAGUCGAAUGCGAUAUGCCGAGUUACGAAUGUGCGCCAUCACGGAAAAAGAGCUUCCAGUUUUAUUGAUCUCGACUCAAAUGGGCACUUAUUUUUAUUCACCAUAUUCUCAGCAAGGUUUUGAAAGAGUUCCCUUCGAUGUCAGUAUACCGAAAGAUACGGUGUUGCUUGUACAGAUUACUAAAGUUUACAAAAGGUUGGACGACAAGGGGAAAUUGGAAGGUGAACGGGCAGCAAUUCGAAUUCUUGACGCGGCAUUAUUAAAUGGUGAUGAUGUUUCUGCGCUUCCUUUCGAUGAAAGAAUGACAGCAGCUGAAAAGAUGUGCAAAGCUAUUAAAUUUGUGUAUGAAACACCUGAUAGAAAAAUUGCACAAGUUUUCCCUGCCAAAGUAUUUAUGCUUGAUGAGCUACACUCUGAGAUGCAUCGAUUUCAUGUUAUUCUCGCAAAAGGUGAAGAAGUUGCAGUGAUUGAAGAGGGUGAUGAAGUAUUGCCGUCUUUUUUCUAUUGUCGUGGAAUGCGAAUUACUUCACUUUUGAUUAACCCAUGGAUUAUGUGCUGGUCCAGAAGUCAUGGAAAACUAUAUGCAUUCAAUCCUACAUCUCAGGGAUCAUCGGUUUUUAGUGAACAGUUCGAGAAAGCACAAUGUUGUUUAAAUUUCUGGAAGGCAGUUAUUGCAAAGAAACAUCCACUGAAUAAUAGUGAUGCAUCGAAGAAUGAUUGCUAUCAGUGGUUCUGGGAAUGGACACAUAACUUCAUCGUCGGUGAAGAUUAUGGGCCACGAGCAGUGCUGGAAGCAGAAGAACAUUCAAAAGGACUUACACUGCGAUCUGUGCAUGCUAUCGCUCAGCAACAGAAGGACAGUGUUUCUCAUAAGCAUUCACUGUAA